GUUUGUCUUUACAUUUCGACGACAAAAUAUCAUCCGCCAUUUUCUCCCACGCCGAAGAAUGUAAAAAAAAACAACGAAUAAAUCUUUAAAAAGUUUAUUUCCUUUGCAGUUUGUUGCACUCCUUGAUCAAAACACAAAAUGGAAGCCGUGCGAGCUUUCAAUAAUGAGUUGUCAAGUCUUUACGAAUCCAAACCGCCCAUCUCACGGGCGAAGAUGGCAAAUGUGACAAAAUGUGCAAUCAAAGCCAUCAAGUUCUACAAGCAUGUUGUGCAAAGUGUGGAAAAAUUCAUACAGAAGUGCAAGCCAGAAUACAAGGUUCCCGGUCUAUAUGUAAUAGACUCUGUAGUGCGACAGUCAAGGCACCAGUUUGGACCUCAAAAGGACGUGUUUGCACAGAGGUUCACAAAGAACAUCAUCGCCACAUUCCAGAACCUUUUGAAAUGCCCAGCUGAUGAGAGGAGCAAGAUCGUGCGAGUGUUGAACCUGUGGCAGAAGAACGAGGUGUUCCCUAGUGAGAUCAUCCAACCUCUGCUGGAUCUGGCUGCAGACCCCACAAAACCAGCCCUUCUGGCAGCAGCCCAGGCAGCUGUUGACCGCGUGCUGGCAGCCAGUGGCAAGAACAGCGGCUCUCACGGCCGAUCAGCGGGCCGGGAGGACAGUGGUCAAGGUGGUCAGUCGGCUGCUGAGAACAUGCUGGCCACACAGAAUGACAUGCUCAACACUGUAACACAACUGUUGCAGAACACAAACUCGGGCAGUCAGAGCCUGGAUGCUCAGCAGCAGCAGUUGCAGCAGCUGCAGACCCUACAACAGCAGCUGAUCCAGCAGACGGCGCUCAUGCAGCAGCCGAGCGGUGGCAGCGGGCCCCUCAUUGAUGCCAACCUGUUGGCACAGAUACAGACCCUCACGAACCAGCUCCUGCAGAAGACUGAGAGCAAGCAGGAGGAUGGAGGCUUUAACAAGAAACUGUUGGACUUUGACUAUGGAGACAGUGAUGAUGAGGGGGACAAACAGAACAACAUUCAGGGAGAGGUGCGCACGAUACUGCAGGACCAGGGCCUGAUGCAGCAAAUCCACCAGGUGUCCCAGACAAUACAGAAGAAUCACCAGUACAGUGCCGAGCUGUCCGACCAGGAGCGCCGUCGCAUACUGGAGCAGCAGCAGGAAGAGUUCAACCAACAGAUUGCUCUGUCCUUGGACCGGUCGGGCGGUGCAGGGUACCAGGGCGGUGAAGACCCCCCGAUGCCGGACGGUGCUUAUCCAGAGGAGGGCGAGUACACGGAGGACCAACUGCAGGACGAGGACUUUCGGGACCAUCAGCAGCUCCGGGACAGGGAAGACAGGGACAGGAGCAGGUCAGACAGACGGCGACGCUCCAGGGAUAGGUCCAGGUCGCCCAAAAGACGCAAGAGGUCAAGGUCAAAAGAACGUAGAAGGAGGUCACGCUCUCGGGAAAGACACAGAGACAGACGAUCUCGCUCUAAAGACAAGGAUCGUGAGAAGGAGAGGAGAGAAAAGGAAAGAGAACGCAAGAAAAGGGGCAUUCCAGCAGUCAGGGCUAACUUUGUCACUAUAUGUACAAAUACCAUCUGGAUUGGACAUCUCAACAAGUUCACUGCUGAAGAGGAGCUGAAGGCAGAAGUGGAGCGUUAUGGACCAGUCCUUAACAUAAAUAUGGUGCCACCAAGAGGCUGUGCUUACGUGGUAAUGGAGAACAGAAAGGACGCUUUCAAGGCCAUCGACAGGCUGCGCGGAUACAAACUCAACAGCAGUGCACUCAAGACUGCCUGGGCACAGAGUACGGGUAUGCGGGCGUCGCCAUUCAAGGACAGUUGGGAUGUAGAUGAGGGGGCCAUCUACCUGCCCUGGGACAGUCUUCCAGCUGACCUCUCCAGCUACCUAGACGGCUCCAUCAUUGACGCAGAGUCCCUGCCUGAACAUCUCAAAGAUAUCCAGUGCGAAGGUGUCAAGGAAGAGCCCGAUGUCAGUAUGCCACCCAUGCCCAAUAUGGCCAGCAUGGCCAACCAGAUGAUGCAGGGACAGCCACCGAUGAUGGGCAUGAUGGGUGGGCCCCCUCCUAUGCCAGGUAUGAUGCCAGGGAUGAUGAUGGGCCCCAUGGUGGGAAAUAUUCCCCCACCCCAGGGCAUGCCCCCCAUGCCUCCAGGACCACCCCCGAUGAUGCCAGUCACUAGUCAGAUCCCUGGCAUGCCUGGCAUGAGACCUCCCGCCCCCGGUAUGAACAUGGCCACAUCGGCAGCCGCAAAUUCCUUGGCACAGACCAUCCAGAACAUCAUGUCCACAACUGCAGGUGUGGUUCCCGGCAGUCCCUCUGUUCCUCCAAGACCAACGGGCUUCACAGGAUUCGGGUUUAAUCCAAACAUGCCGCCCCCAGGCUUCAGAUUACCUCCCCCUGGCUUCACAGGGGCUCCUGUUAAUCCCCUAAUAGGCAGCCCUGCGGGAAUGAGGCCGCCACAACCAGGCGAGGCUCCCGGUCCCAGGCCACCUUUUGGCCUUAGUGGGGAUCGACCACUGGUGCCCACAAUUCCACCCGGUCAGGGCUCGAAACAACCGGAAAUGAUGUGGCCACCGGACAGCAAUGAGAUGGACGAAGACCUGGAUGAUGAAGAUGAAGGUGACAACGGUCCACCCCCUGGUCAGUUCAACAGAGGCAUGAAUUUCAUGGGCCGACCUCCCAUUGGAGGAAGGGGUGGACCAGACGGUAUGAGGGGCAGAGGUGGUCCACCAACCCCUGGGACUUUCAGUGGUGAACAGUGGGGGAUGAACAGGAUGGGGGGUGGGCCCAUGGGACGUGGAAUGUCACCGAUGGGCCCUAUGGGAAGAGGCGGCCCACCAAACAGGUUUGGAGGUCAUGAUAUGCCAGGUGUACCACCAAGGGGAAUGUCCCCAUUAGGAGCUGGGGGUCGAGGUGGAUUUGGGUCACGAUUUGGUGGUGGACCUAUGUCUCUACUAGAUAUGCCUGAUAUUCAGCCAAAUCGUCCAAUGGAGAGACCAAACUUUUUGGAUGAGAAUGAUGAUGAAUAUUAUGAAGAAGAACAAGAAACUGGUAAUGAGCAAAUCUUGAGUGAGGAAACUGGAAAUGAUGAAAGUAUUAAUGAGCCGGUUGAUGAAGUGGUUAAUGACGAACAGGAAGGAAAUGUACCAAACUGUUAUCCGUUUAAUUCUUGGCAAACUGUCAGAGUAAUUAAAAAACCUGAAACAGAUGAGGAUAUAGAAAGAAAUGGAAACAAAUGGGAUAGGAAAGAUGACAGGGAUAGAAGAGAUGGAGACAGGAAAGAUGAUCGAGAUAGAAGAGACGGAGAUAGGGACAAAAGAGAUGGAGAUAGGGAAAGAAGAGAUGGAGAUAGGAGAAAUGACAGGGACAGAAGAGAUGGAGACAGGAAAGAUGAAAGGGAUAGAAGAGAUGGAGAUAGGGACAGAAGAGACGGAGAUAGGAGAAAUGAUAGAUCUAGGGAUAAUACAAAAGAUUCAAAAGAUAAUCGUGAAACCGGUAGAGACCGUGAGAAGUCAAGAAAGAGUCGCUGGGGCAAUUGGGAUGAGGAACAGGAAGCCGCAAAAAUGUUAGAAAAGGAAGCAGCUGAAAAUGCUGGUAAUGAAGAACAUUCAGAGGGUCAAGAAAAUACUAACGUUGGUGAAUCAGAUGUUCAUAAUGAAAGUGCAAACAUAGACUCGGAAAAUUUGGAUAUUACAGGAGUAGGUAAUAGUUCAUUGACUGAAGCAGUUCCAGCUCAGGAUUCUCUCCAUCAUCAGGAAAAUGCUAUCAAAGAAAGUCACGCUGAUACGAAUUAUGUUCAGAAUGUCAAUCAUGAACAUCAUGGGAAUGGAAUCGAUGACAGUGUCUUAUCAAAUCAGUCUGAAGAUAUGAACAUAUCGGAUGAUGGGGAAUGUGACGAAAGUAAAAUAACAAAUGUUAAUGAGGAAACUGUUGUAACAUAUCAGUCAGAACAUGCUGCCAAAACUGUGACUGAUCAUGCCAGUUCUGGAGAUUCGAAUAAUUUAGAAAAAUCAAAUCCUGACCUGGAGGAAGGGGAAUUAUCUAGUUAAUGAGCGUUAACAGUUAUUAUCACUAAUCAUGUUUCCAUAAUGAUGUAAAGAAGUCAUGAAUUCUCUUUAUAUUGUAUAUGUUUAGCAAACAAUUGUAAUAUAUGGUUCAGAUUAUUUGGUAUCAUGGAUAUAGGUAAAGAUUUUUCUAUCUUAUGAAAAAUACCGAUAAAAUGAUUUGUGUACUGUGUACAUUUGGAAAGCAGAAAAAAAGCACAUCUACAUUAUUAUUAAUUCAUUGCUAUGGAAAUAUUAUAUCGUAAAAUGUGAGUGGUUUCCUUCAAUGUUUUAGAAGUACUUUUGUAAGAGGUGAAAUUGCCUAUUGUAUUAAAGUCUUACUCACGUUACAAUCACUGUAUAGUAUUUUUGUUACAUAUAUAAAUGCACUAUUUGAAACAUGUCACAAUAAUUGUCUAUGAGAUAAGAAAUGUUUUCAGUCGUCGCAGGGCUUUUAAUCCUUCUGAAAAAGUGGCAGUUAUGAGAAAUGUACAACUAAAAUUUUUACAUUUAUAAAACAUUUGCGACACAUUUUGAACAAAUUGCAACUCUUUUUUUUAACAAAGUGUGUGGGGGGAGGGGAGGGUCAAGGCUGCUUCACAAAGAAUGGAAACAAGCCCUGUGGCGUCCAUUUUCUGGGUAUCUUGUUAGGAAAAACUGGACAUUGCAUUUAAAUGUCAAUGCUUUUAUAUGCCUAUUCUAAUCUUAGACUGGAUACAAUGGAAAAACAGUGCCAAGUGACUCACACAUUUAUUAAUCGUUCAUACAUCCAUCAUCGUCAUUUGAAAAUGUGUGCUUAUAUUUUCCUUGUUGAAUUAUUUAAAAAGCAAUUGUGAUCUCUCCCCCAAAAGGAGUUAAAAUAAAAAAUGGAAAACCUUCCUCUUGGCUUUUCUGUAAUGCAUGGUUUGAAAAAAAUGCCUGUAGAGUUUAAGCCAUUAAUACAUUUAUAUCAUUGGCGUUGAACAGUGGAAAGACAAAUCUGAUGUUAUUUCAUCGUUCAGUAGGCGUCUGCAGUUUUUUAAUUGACCAAAAUGCUAAAUAGCAGUCCAUGAAUCUUAGUUUAAUUAAUGGGGUACAAUUAUGUACAAUUACAUUUCAAUAACUGGAUUGAUCUUGUUAAAUGAUGGAUCUGGAUAUUUUAAAUGAGAAUAUUAUUAUAAAUGUUCAAUAAGAUGUAUUAUAUCAAUAAGCGCGAGCGUUUUUCUCUCAAAGUAUUGUAUAUUAUUUAUUUUAAUAGUAAGACGUUCGAUUAAGAAGAACGUUAUGAAAUUUUGAAAAUCGAUCUCUGUAGAACCAUGGAGUCCUAGAAUAAAGGUCGAUAUAUACUAGAGAGUCCAUUGUCUUGGUAUUAUGUGUUGGUACAGUUUUUUGUUAUAUUGCUGAUUCUAUUGUGUAUUGUAUCUGCAAGGUAAUCGAUUCGUUUAAAAAAAUCUGUCAAAGGUGUCGUAUUUUAUACGUUUAUAGUUUCUAUAUUAACAUGUAUGAAUAUAAACAGUUGUUUAAUUUUAUUUUGAUGGUUUAUGUAAGGGCCGCUUAAAACUUAAUGUUAACCCAGUAACAUUUCAGAAAUUACCACUUACGGUUAUGUACUAAAUUAAACGACUGUCUGGUUAAUAGCGUAGUUCAUUUCUAAUUUCAUUAUGUAUUAAGCUACUUCGAAGGUAGGUGAUAUUUGUAUAGCACAGAAGAAGAACGGAUUAACUCGGAUUGGAGGGAAAAUUUCGAGGAUUAUACUGGGAUAUCGGCGGAAUUAUCUGCUCUAGUGACUUUGUGCUUGAACGAGGUAUGUGUGAAACUAUAUACUGACAAGACAGUACUAUAUGAAUAUGAAUAUUUUGUAUAGUUGUGGUGUGUUCGACUUCGCUGGAAUAAACGAGUGAUUGUA